CAACACCAAUAAGCAUUUUUCUUCAGAACUCAAAAGCGUUUCCUAUAAAUAGUACUCAAAACUAACGUUAAGCAUUGCAACCACAGCAAGAACUCAAAUAAAGUACUGAGAUUCAUCUGCAAAAGGAAAAGAUAUGGCAAAAGCUAUGAUAAUCCUUUACCCAAGGGACUUGGCAGUCAGCUGGGGAGAGGACUCGAGAUACUGGGAGUGGAUCCAGCUGUGGAACGGAAGCCGUGCACUCAGGCUCAAGGACGUGUGCUGGCUCGAAGUCAAAGGUUCAUUCGACAUGUCGAGGCUCACAUGUGGGGCACGGUAUGAUGUGUGGUUCGACGUGACGAUGGUGGCUCCGGUUGAUGGAUGGUGGCGGGCUCCGAUGAACUUGAGGCUCGAUUUCCCCAAUGGGUGCUGCACCACUCGCUGCGAGUAUCUGAAUUCUGUGCCCCAGGAUGCGCCCAAGUUGGUUUCUGCCGGGAGCUUUACAGCCUGGAAUGGUGGGACACUGAGGUUCUCGAUGGCUGAGACGAGGACAAAUUUGUGGAAGAAGGGCCUUGUCCUGAAGAAAAUUAUUGUCCUCCCUCAAGGUUACAGGGUGCAGAUUGUGAGGUGCGGCAGUAACUGUACCAUAACCCGGCCAUGCACCUCAAGGGAUUGCCAGUUCAAAAUAGGAGGAAAAGUUGGAGGAAUAGGCGGUGGUGGUGGAGGUAUCGGUGGUACUAACGGUGGAACUGGAGUUUACCAGUAUAUCCUCGAACCAGGGGCAAUAAUCAAAAUCACUUAAUCGCACAUUCCAAGUCUCAAGUAGUAUCAUCAAAAUUAAUACUGCCCCAUUUGAGUAUCGCACUAUAUAGGAGUUUGUUUGUUGUUCUUUACUUUGCUUGGGUGAAAGUUGUUGUCAUGUUGUAUUUUUAGCUUUGGGUGAUGAUCAAUGGUUGUGUAUUGCUCUACUUCUAUUUAAUAAUGACUAGUACAGUGCAUGUACUUUGCACCUGUACCUAUUUUCA